CCGAGUAAUGUAUACAAAAUAAGCGGUGGCGGCUAUUUUUUUGUUAUUUUAAUGAAACGCGUCGACCCACGAUGAGCACGAACGUUGUUGCGAGCAUGGAGGAGAAGGCGGCGGCCGACGACCUGCCGUACUUCCCGGAGAAGUUUCCGAGCAAGGUGUGCUGUUUAUGCAACCUCGGGGAGAAGAGUGCCUUGGGCCAGGGUGAGAUUCUGCAGCUGAAGGCGCCCACGUCCGCUGAGAUCAGGGAUAAAUAUCCCGUGGACCGCCUGAGGGAGGACGGAUCGCGGCUGUUCUAUGGCCCCAAGCAGCCGUCCUUGAGCUCCGGCGAGUGCCACUACGAACUGGACAAAAUCGGACAGCCGGAGGUGGUGCAUCCCGCCGAGUUCCUCGACGAGGGCUUCGUCUACGUGCACCGCAUGUGCAUUAUGUGGUCGCUGCGCAAGAGCCAGAUCAGCGACGCGGACGCCACGUACUUUGCCAGCCACUUUGCGGAGUUCCUGGAGCAGAAGUGCAACUUCUGCGGGCGCCACGGGGCCUCCAUCAACUGCAAGAUGAACUGCCGCCAGGUGCACCACUACCCGUGUGCCGCCGCCGCGGGCUGCCUGCUCAUCCUGGAGAGUUUCACGGUCUUCUGCACGGAGCACUUGAGCCAGGUGCCUGUGAUAUGCAGCGACAAUAACGUGGAGUGCCUGUCCUGCUCCUCGCUGGGGGAUCUCUCCAAGCUGAUCAUGUGUAGUACCUGCGGCGACCACUUUCAUUCAACCUGCAUUGGCCUGGCCAAUCUGCCAGACACCCGCUCUGGCUGGAACUGCGCGCGCUGCACCAAAUGCCAGAUUUGCAGGCAGCAGGACUCAAAUGACACCAAGUAUGUAAAGUGUGAGCAGUGCCAGAAGAUCUAUCAUGCCUCCUGCCUGCGACCUGUUAUCUCAGCGAUUCCGAAAUACGGCUGGAAGUGCAAUCGCUGUCGCGUGUGCACGGACUGCGGGUCGAGAACUCCGGGCGGCGGCAGCUCCUCCCGCUGGCACAGCCACUACACAAUCUGCGACUCCUGCUAUCAGCAGCGGAACAAGGGAUUUUCCUGCCCGAUUUGCCAAAAGGCAUAUAGGGCAGCUUCCCACAAGGAAAUGGUCAAGUGCAGCUGGUGCAACAAAUUUGUGCACAGUACGUGUGACGAGGAAGCGGACUUAACGGCUUACCACAAGAAAAAGGAGCAGAAUCCAGAUUACGAUUACGUGUGUCCGAACUGCAAGAGCAAUUCAUCGGGACCUGGGUCAUCGCAACAGGCAAUCGACUCGAUCGUAUUGUCCGCCAUGGACUCGUCAUCAGAGCAACUGAGCCUCAAGGAAAUUGAACUGGACCCGCUGGAGGGAAAACCCACCAUAGAUCCAUCCAGCGAUGAACUCCACAAGCUGCCCGCCGGCAAGAAAAAAGUGUGCCUUUCGAAUGUGCGCGGAAAGAGCGGGAAAUUCGUCCUGCACCGCAUGGGUGUCAUGUCGCAGAUCAACAAGAAGCGCAGCACGCGGGGCAAGGGACGCCAGCUGGCACUGCCCAGCAUCUCAAGCGAUCGCUGCCUGAGUCGCAACAUGGAGGCUGAUCUAACCAGCGACAAGAAGCUGCUCCUCUGCUCGGCGAGGGAUAAGUUUAUCCAGGCACAGGAUAUCUGCGUGAUGUGCGGCUCGCUGGGCAUCGAAAGCGAUUCGGUGAUGAUCACCUGCGCUCAGUGCGGCCAAUGCUAUCAUCCGUACUGCGCUGGCGUGAAGCCUUCGCGGGGCAUCCUGCAGAAGGGUUGGCGAUGCCUGGACUGCACGGUGUGCGAGGGAUGCGGCAAGAAGAACGACGAAGCGCGGCUUCUGCUGUGUGACGAGUGCGACAUCUCCUACCACAUCUACUGUGUGAAUCCGCCGCUGGAAACCGUGCCCACGGGCAACUGGAAGUGCUCCUUUUGCACACUGUGCCAGAAAUGCGGACGCAAUCCCACCGAGAAGAGCGAGUUCGGGGACUCCAACAUGCUCGAAUGCCCGCCCUGCACCAGCCAGUCGUCGUGUCCGGUGUGCAAGAGCCCGUAUUCCAACGGCGAGAUGAUCAUCCAGUGCGAGCACUGUGACCUCUGGUCGCACUUCCUCUGCGACACCGUCAACGCCCAGCUGACCAUUGAUUACUACGACAAUAAUGUGUACAAGUGUUUGAAGUGCCGCUGCUCCACGAGGAACUCAAUGUCGCUCACGGAUGCCAAGACGGGCAAGGAGGAUUCGUUGGCCAUUGGUGGUCAGUCGAGCAAAGCAUUCGUUCACAUCACAGCCACCUCGGGGCCGGGUUUCGAUGCCAAGAGCAGUGCAUCCGAACGCAAUCAUCUCACCCUGGCCAGCGACAUGCCCGAGGCUGCCCCGGAGGCCAUCCAUUGGAUCGACGGCGUGUGCCUAAGCGAGAGCGGAUUGGGCAUGAUCAAGUCCCUGUCGACGGAGAUCAAACGAAAGCGCAAGAUGCGACAGCCCAUCGGCAACGGCAAGGAUGGUCAGGCGGACGGAGGCGCCGAGGAGGCGCUGGAGAAGUACAAAGACGGAAUGGUCUGGGAUGGGACGGAGAACGCCAUUCCGGAGGGUUUCACCAUCUCCACCAAUGACGAGGGCGUGCAUAUCUUGCGUAAGAAGCGGCAGCGGAAUCUCCAAAAGCUGGGCAUAGGUGGCUUUUCCGUACGCAAUAGAGGUCUGAAGAAGGACAGCGAGGAGACGACUGCUGCGGAUCAAUUAAAUUCCAUGAUGACCAUGGACAAAAAGAAGAAAAUCAUACGAAAAAAGCAGAAGAACAAACUUAUCGAAGCCUAUCCUGUGUAUCUGCAAGAGGCGUUCUUCGGAAAACCUCUGCUGGAAGGCGGCGAGCUUGUAAUGGCCGAAUCAGACUCCUCUGACGAAAUCGACGCCUCCAUGAAGGUGUACUUCACGCGGCCCGAAGGCAAGAGCCCAGCGAAUCAGGACACACCGGUGGUGCACAAGAGUCCAGCGAAGACCCUCAAGAAAGUCAAAGCUGAGCCGAAAACUGAGAAUAAAACGGUUUUCAUUGAGCAAAUGCCAAUGGGAAUGCAGCACAAAAACCCCAUUACACCAGUUGCUAACGUUUUUGAUCCCUUACAUACGGAGAUUUCUAACACUGUUUUUGGCAACAGGCAUCCUUUGGACACUUUGGCUUCACCAAAUAUUCCAGAACUAGACACACCAAACUCUGUAAAUACGGUUACAUCAGCUGAAAUUAUUGAAAAACCAAUGAGGGAAUCACCUGUGGUCUUGGUCGAUAAUUACAUGGUACCUAACCAGUUGCCUCAGGAUCAAAAGUUUCACAAUCAGCUAUAUUUGCCGGGAAAUAUUGCAGUAAAUCCGAGCCAACAGCUCCAUUUCCGCCAACAGCCGGAUCACUUAAAAGCACAAAAUGUCAAUAAGCAGAAUAUGCAAACUAUGAUUAGCCAAGUAGUUUUGCAAACAGAAAAGAGACCGGAGGAGGAACAAAAGGUUGUCGAACCCGUGACGGAAAAUCUGAACGCUGGCACUCAAAAGACAGCUGAGAAAAUGCGAAAGGAUGAAGACCUUGGUCUAAUGGCUACCAUUUCGGCAGUAUUGUAUGCCAAUACGGAGCAUCCGAACCUAAAAGAGUUGUUCCCGAACUGGAAUGAUCGCUGCAAGCAGAUUCUAAAGAGGUGGCGUUCGCUGUGCAACGAGAAAAAGGCUCCUUUCUUGCAAAAGGCUAAGGAUAAUCGCUCUGCUUUGCGGCAGAGGCGAGAGCAAAAUAAAAUACCUAUGCCACCAAAGCCACAAAAGCAGGAAGAUAUGGGAAGAGUGUGGAAACAACAGCCCAAAUUGAAGGAAGACCAACCGAACAUGUUUGUCACGUACAAUGGAAAUGCCUACGAUAUGGGUAACUAUGUUGGUGGCCCGGCGCAGGCAACGGCAAAUAACGCCAACCCGCAUCAUGUGAUGCCGAAUGUGAACGACAAUUUGGUGAUUAAGGCUACGAUGCAAAGGACUCAAGUGCAUACGACAGCAACCACUACUCUCAAAAUGACACCCGUUGACAAUCGGCUGGAGUUGAAUGCGGUAUAUGGCACAGAGCCCAUUGGGGAUAAAAAGCUGAGGAAUCUGCUGCAGAAGAAUAGCACAGAACCAAUGCUAAUGGGAGCCAACUCGGACUUGUUCCUAGCCAAUGAUGUCAUGCGGCUGGGCAUGAUGCAAAAUACACCCAUCACGCAGAACAAUCCAAUGUUGAGCAUUAGUGGAAAAUCUCAGCCAUCUGAAGGCAGGGCCUUGGAGCAGGAUGUGAAGUUGAACGAGCCGCAGGAGGUCACUUCUUCGGCCGUGGAGUUGGAGACCGUUGGAUUUGGUGACAUCCUGGGAGGACUCGGCGAAGGCGACGACGAUGAUCUACUCAAGUCGCUCACUUCCGAAAUGGGAGAUGACUUUAAUAUUCUGGAGUAUGCAGACCCAGAACUAGACGUGAAUGUCCUCAAUUCACUAGACUUUGAUGACAAUGAAAAAUGUUCUACAUAGGAAAAACGGAUUCAUUUAAAUGGAAAUAAAGAAGAAUGCAAUAUUUAAUAAUACA